ACAGACCGUACGUCAACAUUAAAUUGUCUGGUCAUUGCGUUCAUUGUUGUUGUCCGGAAAAGCAGAAACGUUGAAAACACAGAGCGUCUUGCAGAAAUUUCCUUUAUCAUUACGAAAUGGGACAAAACCAGUCAGCGGGCAGCGGCGGGGACAAGGAUAAGGAUAAGGAUAAGAAGAAAAAGUACGAGCCACCGAUCCCGACGCGGGUUGGCAAAAAGAAGCGCAAGGCAAAGGGACCCGAUGCGGCCCUCAAGCUGCCCCAGGUCACCCCACACACGCGCUGCCGGCUGAAGCUGCUCAAGCUGGAGCGCAUCAAGGACUAUCUGCUGAUGGAGGAGGAGUUCAUCCGCAACCAGGAAAGACUGAAGCCGCAGGAGGAAAAGAUCGAGGAAGAGCGCUCCAAGGUGGACGACCUGCGGGCGCCCAUGUCGGUCGGCACGCUGGAGGAGAUCAUCGACGAUAACCACGCAAUCGUGUCGACGUCGGUGGGCAGCGAGCACUACGUCAGCAUCCUGUCGUUCGUCGACAAGGACCAGCUGGAACCGGGCUGCUCGGUGCUGCUGAACCACAAGGUGCACGCGGUGGUCGGAGUGCUGGGCGACGACACCGACCCGAUGGUGACGGUGAUGAAGCUGGAGAAAGCGCCGCAGGAAACGUACGCCGACAUCGGCGGGCUGGACACGCAGAUCCAGGAGAUCAAGGAAUCGGUCGAGCUGCCCCUCACGCACCCCGAGUACUACGAGGAGAUGGGCAUCAAACCGCCGAAGGGUGUGAUCCUGUACGGACCGCCGGGCACGGGCAAAACGCUGCUCGCGAAGGCGGUGGCCAACCAGACGUCCGCCACCUUCCUGCGAGUCGUUGGGUCGGAGCUGAUUCAGAAGUAUCUCGGCGACGGUCCCAAGCUGGUGCGCGAGCUGUUCCGUGUGGCCGAGGAGCACGCCCCGUCGAUCGUGUUCAUCGACGAAAUCGAUGCCGUCGGAACGAAGCGGUACGAUUCCAACUCGGGCGGUGAGCGCGAAAUUCAGCGCACCAUGCUGGAGCUGCUGAACCAGCUGGACGGGUUUGACUCGCGCGGCGAUGUGAAAGUAAUCAUGGCCACGAAUCGUAUUGAAACGCUCGACCCGGCGCUGAUCCGUCCGGGGCGUAUUGAUCGAAAGAUUGAGUUCCCGCUGCCGGACGAAAAGACCAAGCGACGUAUCUUCAACAUCCACACUGCCCGUAUGACGCUGGCGGAGGACGUGAAUCUGUCGGAGCUGAUCAUGGCGAAGGACGAUCUGUCGGGCGCGGACAUCAAGGCGAUCUGCACGGAGGCGGGCUUGAUGGCGCUGCGGGAGCGCCGAAUGAAGGUGACCAACGAGGACUUCAAAAAGUCCAAGGAGAGUGUGCUCUACCGGAAAAAGGAGGGAACGCCGGAGGGUUUGUACAUGUAAACCGAACACACGAGCGACCUCUUCCAACCUCCGUCAGCUGUAUUUGCUUAGGUAUUCUAAUAAAUUGUGAAACAUUGAAAUAAAACCAAUUCUCAACCAUGUCUUUCGACCCAUUCGGGAUA